AUGUCAGGCUGGUCGGAGUUACCACCGGAGAUCAUCCACAUGAUCUCUCUGCGAAUUGACAACCCUUUUGAUCUGAUCCAUUUUAGAUCCGUAUGUUCAUGGUGGAGAUCAUGUAAUAUUCAAACAUUCCGACCAAUUCCAUCACUUAGAUGUCCUCUUCCCCCAGAUGCUGGUGGUUGCGGAGAUGAUUGCCAUAUCCUGAGGAGCCGUGUUUAUCUUGUCACAUCUCUUUCUCACGAUCCUCCCCGAUUCUGGCUGUUUAAGCUACAAGAAGAGGAGAAUGGAGAACUGUCUCUGCAAUCUUUGCUCAAUAGAAGAACCUCCUCUCAACGGGGAGUUUCGUAUCCAAGCCUGUCCAUUGACUUGCUCAACUCUCAAGUCAUUGAGCUAGUGCAAGAACAUGUCGCUUGUUACACCUAUUGGUGCGACCUAUUUGAUGGUCCUGGUAGUUCUAAAUGUGAACAACCUAUCGGAUUUAUGCGAUUAGAUGGAGAGAACAAGGAGUUCAUGGCUUUGGGAAGGCUGUCUUUCCAAGGUCUUGGCAUGUAUAGGUCAUUUGAGGAUCGUUGGACCGAGAUCGAGACAACAUCUGGUCCUUUUCCAGAUGGGAUUGCGUCGUUUAACGGACAAUUUUAUGUCAUUGAUACUGCUGGAGUCACGAAAGUGGUCAAGCCAACUCUAGAGUUGAGUUCAUUUCGUCGGUCAAGGCCUUGCAAUAAGACAAGGAAACGUUGGUUUGUCAAGGCUGAGGACAAACUCCUACUAGUAGAGAUGUGCACUCGUAACUUAGAAGAGUAUCGGAGACCACAUCUUCUAGCGGAAAAAGGAUGGUUCGAAGUAUCAGAGUUAAAUGAGGAGAGAAACGAUUGGAUUCAAAUGGAAGAUGUUGGUGGUCGAGUCUUGUUCUUGGACGACCAUUUCUCAUUGUCUUGCUUGCCUGAUCAGAUCCCUGGUUUCAAACCAAACUCUAUAAUCUUCAAAGGAGUGCUUGGAUACUAUGGACAUCAAGUGUUUGAAUUUGGUGAGCAAGGCUUUAUACUUCUUGGAGAUGUCCCUGAGUAUUCUCAGCUUUUCCCAUCUCCCUCAUGGAUAAUUUCCAAUGUAUAAUCGAUUCAUCACAAAACAUAAUUUGAAAAAAACGAAAAUGCUUGCUUGUGUCAUCAUCACCUUUCAACCGGCCCCCAAAACAAUUGUUUGCUUCGAAACAAAGUUAUGUAUUUUUUUCACUUUAAAAGUUAUGUAUUUUUGUUCCAAAACAAAAAUGUAUGCGAACUACAUUUCUCAUUGUAUAAGUAUUUGGAUUUGGUUUCUUAAUAUCUAUCAUGUAUCGGCAAUUUCGCAUUGGA